AUGGAGUCGAGAGAUAUUCCUCGUUAUAGCUCGCCCGCGAAAACCUACAACACACCGGUGAGCCGUACGUCAAACUUAAGUGCAAAAGCUUCAGUCAACCCAAACAAACAGUUACCUCAAUUCGAUCCUUUUAAACCGGCGGAAUAUGUUUUGAACAAUUUAGGUCCUGCACCGGGAGAAGAAAGGAUUUAUUCAAAAUUUUUUAAAAAAAAUACUCAAAAAACACCAGUAACAGAAUCGAAAACUGAUGGUGUGCGCUCAUCAUCAUUAAGCAAUUAUAAGUCAGUUGAGGAAGUUAUAGUAAUAUCAGAUGAUGAAAAUGACUACCCAAUAGAUGAUAAAGACGAUGACAAACCAAUAGAUGGUAAAGACUAUGAUAAACCAAUAGAUGGUAAAGACUAUGAUAAACCAAUAGAUGAUAAAGACGAUGAUAAACCAAAAGAUGGUAAAGUCGAUGAUAAGCCAAAAGAUGGUAAAGACGAUGAUAAGCCAAAAGAUGGUAAAGACGAUGAUAAACCCAAAGAUGGUAAAGACGAUGAUUACAAUGUAGAUAGAGAUAAACUGUUGCGUCUUUAUUCACACAAGCUUCAUAUACGUAAACCACGCAUUCCUUAUUCCAGAAUUAGCCUUGAUGAUUCGGGUAUUUUGUCAGAUACAGAUGAAUUUGCUUAA